AUGGGGAAGAACAAGAAUGCGACAAAGGCACUGACACAAGAAGAAAUCUGGGAUGACUCUGCGCUCGUACAGAGUUGGGACGAAGCAGUAGAAGAAUACAAGCUCUACCAUAGCAUCCACGCCAAAGGGGAGAAUGUCGAGGAUGUAUUGAGGGAUGCUCAAGGCGCUGAAAAUGAACAGAUAAUCCAGGAGGAUGGUCAAGAAGUUGACCACAUGGAGGCCGAUGUUGACGAGCCGGCAAUCGAUUCAGUAGCGGCAUCCGCUGAGGCUCAGCACAUUCCACAAACGGAUGUCUCGCAAGUAUGCGGUUUUAGCUGUACUUGA